AUGUCGCUCGCUCGUUCCGCCGCGCCCGUGCGAAGCGCACUUCGAACCGCCGCUGCCGCUCAGCGACGCACCUUCACCACCGCCAACGCAUCCGGCGUCUCGACCGCUGCUGCCGACGACGGAGCGCUCACCUCGACCGUCACCGUUGCCAUCAAGGCUGGUUCCCGCUACGAGUCUGCCCCCGGUGUCGCCCACGUGCUCAAGAACUACCUUUUCAAGUCCAACCAGAAGCGCUCUGCUCUCCGCCUCGUCCGUGAAGCCGAGUUCUACGGUGGUGUCCUCUCCACUGCUCUCACCAAGGAGCACCUCUUGCUCACUGCCGAGUUCCUGCGUGGUGAUGAGGACUUCUUUGUCGAGGUUCUCGGUGAUGUUCUGACCAAGUCCAAGUUUGCUGCUCACGAGUUCAACGAGGAGGUGCUUCCGCAGGUGCAGUCGGAGUACGCCCAGGCGCUCGCCAACCCCGCCGUUCUUGGGUACGACAACCUUCUGCAGACUGCCUACCGCCAACGCGCCCUCGGUCACUCGCUCUUCGCCUCGCCCUCCAGCCCCGUCUCGCACCGUCAGGUCGUCGACUUUGCCCACGCCGCUUUCGCCAAGAACAACAUCGCCGUUCUCGGUACCGGUAUUGACAGUGGAAAGCUCUCGCAGCUCGUCUCGUCGCACUUUGGCGAGCUUUCCGCCUCGGCUUCCGUCUCGAGCCCCGCCUCCAAGUACUUUGGUGGUGAACAGCGGGUUGCCUUCUCUGCGCCCCACGGUGCUGAGAACACGCGUGCUGCCCACGGUCACUUCUUCAUCGCCUUCGAGGGUGCGGGUCACAAGGACGCUUCUGCUUCCGCCAACCUUGCCGUGCUCCGCUCGCUGCUCGGAGGUGAAUCGUCCGUCAAGUGGAGCAACGGUGUUUCGCCUCUUUCGCAGAUCGCCGAGUCCGUUGCUGGUGCUCAGGCCAAUGCGUUCAACCUGACCUUCUCCGACUCGGGUGUGUUCGGUGCACACGUCUCGGCGCCAAACGCCUCGGUGCAGCAGGCGGCUGCCAAAGUGGCCCAAGCCCUCAAAAACGUCGCGGGCGGUCUCAAGGAGGAGACCAUCCAGGCAGCCGUUGCCAAGGCCAAGUUUGAACGCGCCACCGUGCUGGAGAACCGUACCGCAUCCCACGAGUUGGUCAGCGCCCAGCUCCUCGAGGCCGGCAAAGUCGCCACGCUCGAAGAGAGCUUCGCCGCGCUUGAGGGCGUCAAGGCCAACUCGUUGGCCAAGAUCGCUGAGAAGCUCCUCAAGAGCAAGCCCACCACCGUCGCCGUCGGUGACGUUCACGUUCUGCCUUACGCCGACGAGGUUCUUUAA